CCGGAAUUUGUCCGCUGCCUGUCUGAAGGGGAUGCCUGAGAUGCGCCACCACGGAGGGCUGGUCUUUGGGCGCACGCCCCUUGCCUGGCCGAGAGUCUCCCGGCCGGUGGCGUCGCAGUGUGCAGAGUGCAUCCGCGGCGCUUGCAUCGCAUCCCAGCUUCUCGGUUCCCGCCAUGGCUGCUGCUUACAGGCUAGUUUUGGUUCGGCACGGCGAGAGCGCCUGGAACCUCGAGAACCGCUUCAGCGGCUGGUACGACGCAGACCUGAGCCCGGCAGGGCAGGAGGAGGCGCGGCGCGGCGGAGAAGCGCUGAGAGGUGAAGGAGCCCGGGGCGCGGCGCGAGGGCUGGGGAGCCGGGAGGCUGCAGCAGGCGGAGCGCGAUGGGGAUGCUUGGAGGCUCUCAUCCCGGGGGGAAGGGGGAGGCGGGCCGGAACUCAGCGCAGGGGUCGGGAAGGUAUCCGAGCAAGGCCAGAAGAUCUUGCGGGUCCUCUUUGGACCACGGAGGGUCCCAGUAACUGGCGAUGAAGGAGGUUUGGGCACGCGGGUGUUCCUUUUCCCCGGCUUUAGCCACGUGGUGAGCUUCCGCGUUCUCUCCGCGCAAGAAUUGGGUGCCUUGCAUUUUUCUGGGACGGGUCUCCCGCUAGAUGCCUAACCACGUCUACAGUACAGUGGUACUUCGGGUUACAUACGCUUCAGGUUACAGACUCCGCUAACCCAGAAAUAGUACCUCGGGUUAAGAACUUUGCUUCAGAAUGAGAACAGAAAUCGUGCUCCGGUGGUGCGGCAGCUGCAGGAGGCCCCAUUAGCUAAAGUGGUGCUUCAGGUUAAGAACAGUUUCAGGUUAAGAACGGACCUCCGAAACGAAUUAAGUACUUAACCCAAGGUACCACUGUACUCGGAAGUAAGCCCCGCUGAAUUCCGUUUCACUGGCUCUCCAGUAAGCAUGCAUGGAAUUGGCAAGGAUGCUCUCCCGGGGGGGGGGGAGGGAAAUGGAAAGCCAGAAUGGGUUUCUGGGGUUUCGAAGCGAAACGGAGAGUUAGACACGUUUCUGGAGGCACAGGCGUGUUCUCGGGCAUUUGAACGGCAAGCCUCUAGCUCGGAAAGAUGUAAAGUAGGACAAAGGAGAGGUUUCCUGAAGCUCGUGCAUCGGCCUCUCUGCUGAAGAAUCGAAGCGCAGCUCCCUGCAGCCGGCACUGGGGUGGGGGCGCCCUAGGCUAGCCGGAACUCCGGCCUUACUACUUUCAGAGAUUGUGACGCCUCUUGGCCCCGAAUAGCCUCGGGCUAAAUCUGUGCCAAGCAUAACGGGGAUUGCAUCUCACUCCUCUGGGCGGCAGGAUGAAUUGACUGAAAACGUGCCGCUUGUUCACUCGCCAAAGGCGUCACGGCCUACAUAGAGAGGGUGGCAUAGGCUGCUCUCCCGCUGUGAAAAGGGGCAGCUACCUCUCUAGCUAUGUCCCCCCCACCCACCCCGAUCCAGCUGCGCGACCUUGGCUAGGUCACUUUUGCGCAUUUUGGGGUCACUGUUUUGGUCUGAAUCGAAACAUUGCCUCUCAAGGAAUUGCCUCUCAAGGAAAUCUCCACAGCAGCGUAAUGUUAUUUAUUGAAUUUCAUCUAAUAAUUGCUUCUCAUGGAACAUCUCAAAGCUCUUUUGGAAUAAAAACAACAGCAAUAAUAAAGCAAUAAAACUACAGCAAUUUAAAAGGCCAAUAAAAAAAAUUACUGUCCGAUACAGAGUGAGAUAAAGAUGAAAGGCUUGCUGGAAAUAGGAGAAGCCUUAAUAUGGCAUGAGAGUAUCUCUUCCCUGCAUUCCUUACACAUGCACCCUGCGUGGCCAUCCUGCGGGAUUGCAUUGGCAGUCUUGCUGGGCCUUUGAUAUGGAAAUUUAGCAGGAGCUGCUGAGUCAUUCUGUCUUGCUGAGAGAGAGAGCCGGAGAGCAGGCUUGUGCCCAUUAUUGUUACAGGAAAUGGGGGGAGGGAAGAGCUCCAGGAAGCAACUAGGGACCGCAUGUCUUCUGCAGGCUCAAGAAACAGCCUGCCCAGUUCCAGUUUUUGUGCAUUAUCUCUCUGGCUGUAAGGAAAGAGAACAGAGUUCUACCCUUCUCUGAGAAUUGCGUAGAGCGUUUGAUGUAAGCAGAAUAAAAGCCCUGCAUUUAAAAGUGUCUGUUAUUAUUCAUUUCUAAUGCUGUUAUUGUUAAUUUCUGAUGCCCUCUUAAGGGGUCAUCCUGGGUUGGGUGGGUGUUGUUUGCAUAAAACACAUUUGCAUGCACUGGUGCAUGACUUGCCCUUUGCUUGCCUUUGUCCGGUUUCAUCUUCUGUGGUGCACAAUUACUGCUUUCCCCACCCUGACAUUGGUUGGCAUUAUUGCACAGAACCUCUCUUCCUUUCUACAGAAUGGGACAAUCAGGCACAUGGGAGCAGGCAAAUGAUUGUAAGGACGUGUUGUUAAGGCUACACUACAACAUAACCUAAUUUAGAUAGAGGUGACUGGUUGUUUCCUCUCCUCUUGCUGAGCAGAGAGAGCGGCUGCUGUUCAGAUUCCUCCCCCGCCCCAAUGAUUACAUAAGCAUUUCAUCUUUCCACUAUACUGGGUUUCAAUGUAGCUGGCCAAACCGAGCCAGCUACAUUAUAAAGUGGAAGAUGCGAUACGCUCAGUUUGCUGCUAAUUUCAACACUGGAACUUGGUAAUGGUAACCUCAGGGCUUGCAGCAUAUGAUUAGUUAACCUACCUAUUUGUUUGCUACCCCUGCUAUUCCAUCUUCACUUUGUUGGGGGAGUAUUUGCUGGAUUAUCCCCCCACCGCCUGGAUUUAGUGGGUGACUACCUAUGUCAGUGAAAGAUUGAGGGGCUUCCACACUAAGGUGUUAAUGUUUUACAGAGCGUUUGGGAUAAAGCAUGCUUCAGAUAAGUUAAGCACUGUACAGUGGUACCUCUGGAUCCGUUCCGGAGGCCCAUUCGCAACAUGAAAGGAACGCAACCUGCAGCGGCGUGUCUGUGCACGCGAGGGUUGCGAUUCGCCACUUCUGCGCACGCACGUGACAUCAUUUUGCAUGUCUGCGUAUGUGCAAGCGGUGAAACCCGGAAGUAACCCUUUCCAGUACUUCCGGGUCACUGCAGGACACAACCUGAAAAAACGUAACAUGAAGCAAACGUAACAUGAGGUAUGACUGUACUCUCUGGGCCCUUCCAGAUGCUGGUUAUGAGUUCGACAUCUGCUUCACAUCUGUGCAGAAGAGGGCAAUCCGCACCCUCUGGACUGUGCUGGAUGUCAUCGAUCAGAUGUGGCUACCCGUAGUGAGGACCUGGCGCCUCAAUGAGAGGCACUACGGUGGCCUGACAGGCCUUAACAAGGCUGAGACGGCGGCUAAACACGGUGAGGCCCAGGUGAAGAUCUGGAGGCGUUCCUUUGACAUUCCGCCACCUCCAAUGGAGCCUGAUCACCCUUUCUACAGUACCAUCAGCAAGGUGAGCUGGGAAACUCUAGUCCAUUAGUGGUGUGUGGGGCAGGGGGGGGAUGGAUCAUUUGGAAGUUGUCAUGACUAUAAUACCUUCCUGUUUCUGCCCAUUGUUGCCCCAGAACCAUGGAUUCAUUGGACUCCCAUUUUCAUUCAUCUUCUCCAUCCAUUGCUUGGACUUUUGCCCUUACGUUACUCUCCCUUUGUCCAGUUAUUUUGGGAGUCCUACAGUUGUCUUUGCUAAUUGCUGGUUUUAUACGGGAUGUCACUCCUGAGCUGUUUUGACAAUUUAAUAGAACUUGCCCCUUUCAUGUAAUUAAUCAUUUACAUUGUGCCCUUUCAUGGAUGUUUGUACUGCAUGGUGACAACAGUCAAGGUUAUUCGUGGAGGGGCUGGAAUCUUCCAUCUAUACAACAACAUGUUUGUUAAUGGUUUUACCACGCAAGAUGGUCAGAUUGCAGGCUCUAGAACUUGUUUCAUCUGAUCACAGUUGUGUGGAUUAUAAUACCAUCUGCAGGCAUUGAAAAGCUAAAACAGCUGUGUACAAUAGGCAAUGAAAUUGAAAAUAGGCAAUGAAAUUAAACAGGUCAAUCAGGUUAAGAACAAUAGGCAAUUAAAUUGUGAUUAUGGCUGUAAAAGAGGCAACUUCUGUAGAACACAUUGCUGAAGAGCCAAAGCAAUGUGCAGAAACUGCAGAGAAGCGGACUUUGGCUAAAUGUUAGGAGAAACCUUCACACAGCACAAGCCGUUUGACAUUGCAACAGAUUGCUAUGGGGAAGUGCUGGAUUUGCACACCCUGGAGGCAUUUAAGCAGAGGCCAGAUGGCCAUCUGCCAGAGAUACUGCAGUGAGUAGGAACUAGAUUAUCUUUAGGGUACCCUUCAGCUCUGUGCUUCUCCAAACAUUAAUAGUUUCAUACCACAUUUGGGGGGACGAAUAGAAAAUGUUGGUUUGGGCAAACAAUCAUUAUUUAAGGCCUAGCAUGCUGUUGAUAUGAGAGGUAAGGAAGGGCCACUGACCAGAGACCAGAGGAAAAACAAAUGCUUAGAUGGGCUCCUGUAAAGUGCCUAUUUUAAAAUGUCCAGUAACACAGGCAACCAGCGAGCAUGGUUCACAGCUGGAGCAUGUGGUAGCACAGGCCAAAGAACCAAUUCUUCCAAACAGAAGGUGCUUCAUAGAUCUCCCUGAGCAUCUCCAGGAUGAAGCAGAAAUCGUGUCUUAAAUGCUACUCCAUAUUCUUCCGCAGGAUCGUCGCUAUGCCGACCUCACUGAAGAUCAGUUGCCUACCUGUGAGAGCCUGAAAGAUACCAUUGCUCGGGCCCUGCCCUUCUGGAAUGAGGAAAUUGUUCCUCAGAUCAAGGAAGGCAAGCGUGUGCUCAUUGCUGCCCAUGGCAACAGUCUCCGAGGCAUAGUCAAGCAUCUAGAAGGUGAGUCUGCUUGUGACUUAAGACACCCAAGGCCGCACAAGCCUGGUCAAGUCUAAAGGCAAACUCCAAGAGGGUUGCCGACUAACAGUCUUUGGGAUGGGCACUAUAACCAAGCUCCUGGUGUGAUUCACUCCUUGCUCUUUGCAGGAAUGUCUGAGGCAGCAAUCAUGGAACUGAACCUGCCCACUGGAAUCCCCAUUGUCUAUGAGCUGGACAAAAAUCUGAAGCCCAUCAAGCCCAUGCAGUUCCUUGGGGAUGAGGAGACUGUCCGCAAGGCCAUGGAAGCUGUGGCUGCCCAGGGCAAGGUCAAGAAGUGAAGGCAAACCCAAGUACUCCGUAGAAGAUCUCCCCCUCCCUCAUCCCUUUCCUUCCCAGCACAUACCUGCCACAGCCUGAGGGACUGGGCAGACGAGCCAAAGGAGGUGAAGCUUCCUGGGGCCACCACGUUCUUUCCUUCAAGACCAACGUCCUUCCACAUUCACUUUCCCCCCAGCAGGAUAUGGCUAGAUACACUAGGGAUGUGGACCACAGUCCAGCACAGGGGUCUGGCAGAUGAGCAAGCCCUAGCGCCAUGGAAUGUGAUGCUGCUAAAGUGAAGGGGGGAAUCCCCAAGCAUUCUGAAGAGAGAACCCCUCCUGCCUUCUUUCCAUUUUAUGUGGCAGCUGUAGUAGUAUUGCUCGAUUUGGUUUGGUCACUGGUGAUUAAGGCUAGCUAGGGGUGCUUCAGACAGCACAACAGGGAUGCUCAAGGAUCAUUUAUUUUUUAUGGGUCUUUUUAAAGAGAGCAUGUAAUUUUGCUAAAGAGUCUUUUUUAUUUUUAGUUGUCCCUGGAGUUACAUCUGAUUCUGUGUUAGGUAACAAUAGCCAGCUCGUUAUUUCAUUGCCUUCAAAAUGAUUGUAGGAAGGAGUGAAGUUAGGGGAAGAGAAAAGGGAACAGCACCCACCCUGGAAUCUCCAGCUGCGAUCCCGUAACUUUGCUGUGUAGUGCCAGUAAGCCCAGAUACUGUGUAUCAUCAUGUGUUGCUUUUCUGCCCCACAGUCUGUGUGGUAUCCCUGCCUGAUUUAGGGCAGGUUUACACUGGAGCUCACUUCACUGUACAAUGGCUGCAUUUGCCCUAAUCUCAGUAAAAUAAAGGAAUUAUGUGCAAUA